CAAAACAAUGAAUGGUUCGUUGAUAAAAAGAAUCUUAAUCGUCGUUUUAAACAUUACACUGUUUGAAAUAGGGACAAAUGCUACCUGUGAUUUUGGUGAAUGGGGUGGAAGUUGUCAGUACAACUGUUCUACCACAUGUUAUUAUGGAACUGAAUGCUCCAGUAAUGGCGGCAAAUGUGGAUGUGAACAAUUACAUGGAAACUGUUACGGAUGCGCAAAGAAUUAUUUUGGUGACGUCUGUAAUAAGGCAUGUAACCAGAACUGUUCACUCAGUGACCAAUGUAUUCGGUCUGGAUUAUCAUGUGGAUGUGAGAGACAGCUAGGCUAUUGUAAUAGUUGCCCUAAAACGCUAUGGGGCCAGUAUUGUGACAGGUCCUGUUCGAUAAGAUGCAUUAACUUGGAAUGUGACAGAACUUCUGGUCAAUGCACAACUGGUUGUAAAAAGGGUUAUUACGGAAGUGAUUGUAGUUCAACAUGUCCAAUUUCUUGCCAAUAUGGAUGUGAUCAGCAGACAGCUGUGUGUUUCCCAUCUUAUUGUGUGAACUGUAAUGAUGGACUACGAAAAUGCGAUCAAAGCAAUCGGAAAUGUUUAAAUGGGUGUAUAGAUGGAUUUUAUGGUCCCAAUUGUGACAAAACUUGUUCGGAAGUGACAAAUAAUUCUUUAUGUACGAAAUGUCAAGCAUUGAUAUCUGUUGGUAUUACAGUCUGUACCGAAUGUCAACUGGAAUAUUAUAAUGAUGGAGUAAGUGGUGAAUGCAAAACCUGUAGUACAGGUUGUCAGGCAACUAACAUUAUUGUAGCGAAGUGCUUUCCUGACACUGGAAACUGUCGGUUUGGCUGUACAGCUGGAUGGUAUGGACUGCGCUGCGAUACGUUUACCUGUUCAUUGUCAAACUGCGAAUCUUGUGUUGCGAAUCAACCGACCGUUUGUGAGCGCUGUCAAACUGGUUGGUAUCUGGAUUCCGGUCAAUGUAUUAGAUGUAGCGAUAAUUGUGCCACUGUAAAUUCUUGCGAUAAAACCUCAGGAACAUGCACGGGUGGAUGUAAAACGGGUUGGUAUGGUAACAAAUGUAAAGAUAAUUGUACCACAAACUGUUUCCAAGGUAAGUGUGAUACAAAUGGGAUAUGUACUGUAAGCUGUAAUGGCAAACAUUACGGUCAGAAAUGUGACUUGCAAUGUCUUAAUUGCUUAACUACAUGUAAUCGUAAUACUGGCUUGUGUGACGCCGGUUGUGUAGACGGAUACCAUGGUAACGAUUGCUUACAAUCCUGCAACUCCAAUUGCUUUAAUAAUAAAUGUAGUCAAGUAGAUAUCAAAUGUUCCUCCGGGUGCAAACAGGGGUUCUAUGGGGAAUUUUGUCAACUUCCUUGUGGUUCAAAUUGUGACAGUAAUAGUUGUAACCCAACAACUGGCGCAUGCUCGGGAAAUUGCCUUCCUGGGAAAUAUGGCGAUUACUGUGAUUUAGAUUGUUCAGCAAACUGUUCACCCAGAACAUGCCUAAAAGUUGGCGGGGCAUGCACGUCAGAAUGUGUUGCUGGAUAUCAUGGUAGCCAUUGCAGUAGGUUAUGUCCGUCCGCAUGUUCAACAAUUCUAUGUAAUAAAGAUGACGGCACGUGCAGUGGAAAUUGUUCAAACAUGAAAUUCGGUACCAGAUGUGAGCUAUCAUGCAGUAUUAACUGUAAUAACUCAACAUGUGAUAGAUCAUCCCGUAGGUGUGUGGGUGGAUGCCAAGCUGGAUACCAUGGUGAUUCUUGUGAGAAUAUUUGUACCGGAUGUGAUACUUUAGGAUGCGAUCAAACGACUUCUGUUUGUAUAGGUAGCCAGGUUAAAAGUUCAGAUGGUGCCGUUACUAUUUUAGUUAUUGUUUUGAGUAGUGUAGUAGCUGUAUUUAUUAUUAUUUGUUUUAUAUUAAUUGUGUAUUUUAGACGCAAAAUAAAACGACCUGAUUACGAAACUCCCACAGCAAUGAUUGACAGUCAUAUAUACUUCACCACAGAUUCCAUAGACAGUCACGUAUAUAUGGAGGUGAACGAUGUAGCACAAAUAUCCACAUAGCUUAUUGCUUAAAUGGAAGAUUUCCUUACUAUUAGAGAAAGCUUCUUAACAAAACUCCAGCUAGCAAAUUGGAUUGUUAUCCUAGAAGACAAACAGAUAUAAUUGGUGCAUUUUUACCGAAUGUCUGUAGUAUUGAAAGUUUCAGCGUGCAUAUGUAACAGUAAAUAUCAAAAUUUAAAAAUUAAUUUUGAGUUUGAAUAAUAAAAACAUGCCUGCA